AUGGAGUUCGUUGCCCCUCCUCUCGAUGGCUCGCUCAAUGUGAUUGAAGCAGUCGACUUCCAUAUCCAGCAACGAAACUUGACACCCAUUUUCUCUUUCUCAGACGAGUCUGACAUCGUCAAUAUCACCCAUUGGGAAUUUGCGCGCGCGACACAUCGAGUUGCGCACCUCCUUCGCCCGACUCGUGACGGACCCGAAGGCGAGGUUGUGGCCAUCCUAGCUCUUGUCGACACACUACUAUAUCAGACACUGUUCGCUGGAUGCAGCAAAGCCGGCUUCAUCCCUUUCCCGAUUUCUCCGCGCAACAGUCCAGCAGCGCUCAUUCACCUCCUAACAGCUACGAAAACAAGCCGCAUAUACACAACGCACGCCUCACUGGGUCCGCUUAUUGCUGCAAUCAAGGUUCACUACGCAUGCACCGAGAUCUUGAUCGAAGAAAUGCCCACGUUGGGCCAAGUGUAUCCCUUUCUUGGACGCGAGACGGCAGAGAGUCCCUUCGUGCCUUACCCUUCCCCUCAGGCAGUGGCACCGCUCGAUAGCGUUACUUCCUAUCUUCAUUCCAGUGGAAGCACAGGUCUUCCCAAACCCAUUCCGCUUACCCAUCGCUCCAUUCAGCUAAUCGCUUCUUUGGAUCUCUUCCCCGACUUGGUUUCUCUCCAAUCGACCCCACGUCUGCGUCUUGCUGCUGGCGGUCUCCCAUCGUUUCACGCUACCGGCGUCGUGAUGCAAUUCAUUGGUCCUCUGUAUCAUGGUCUCACCGCCUGUAUUGCCGCCCCAUCUUCUCUCUCCAACCCUUUGUUAUAUGCGAUCCCGGCCUUUCCGACUCCUCAAAGCGCCUUGCAAGUCACCCGCGCAACCAAGGCUGCGGGGAUCCUUACCAUUCCUGUUUUCCUCGCGGCAUGGGCAAAGUCUGAGCAGGCUGUGCAGUAUUUGAGCACGUUGCGGGUUACAAUGUACACGGGCGGGCCACUUUCAAAGGACAUCGGCGAUAAACUCGUCAAAGGCGGGGUCAGGAUCGCGGCAAUGUACGGGUCGACAGAGAUUGGAAUCGUGAAUACGCUCUUUCCACGAGAUGUUUCUCCAUCGGAGUGGGCCUGGAUGCAGUUCAGCAAACGUAUCACCCCCCGCUGGUCUUCCGUUGGCGAUGGAACAGCAGAAUUGCAGUGCUUGACGGUGCCGACACAUCUCCCCAACAUCACUAAUCUCUCGGCACUCAAGUUGGAGGGUUACGCGACCGAGGACCUAUUUAUGCAACAUCCAGCAAAGCCGCAUCUCUAUCGCAUCGUGGGUCGCCUUGAUGACGUCAUCAUUAUGGCCAACGGAGAAAAAACCGUCCCCGGACCCAUGGAAGAUGUCAUCUCCGGCAGUCCUUACAUAUCGAGUGCACUCAUGUUUGGGCGGGAGCAGAACCAGGUCGGGGUGCUUGUUGAACCGUCGCCUCUUGCCAUCGAUCCAACGACCAACGACUUGCGGAUGGAUUUCCCGGACUUGGUAUGGGCCCAAGUGCAGGCGGCGAAUGAGAUUGCUCCGGCAUUCGCCAAAGUAUAUCCAGAAAUGAUUCUGAUCGUCAAGGAGGGUCGGCAGGUAGUGAGAACUAUGAAAGGGACUGUAGUCCGCAAAGCGACAAUUGCGCUAUACGAGCCAGAGAUUCGUGCAUUAUAUGACGCUAUCGAGACGAAUAAAACAACAGAAAUUCAGAUCGAGCCGCCCAUUUCAUGGGCAAUAGACGAUCUCGAGCGCUGGCUUCUCCACCAGGCCUGUCACAUUUCGUCUCAAGGCUCUGACUCGCAGUUGGAUCCAGCCGUGGAUCUUUUCGAGCAGGGCUUCGAUUCCCUCCAGGCCACAUUCUUGCGCCAUCGUAUUGCCGCUGUGCUCCCGCCAAAGGCGGAUCUGGAGUCGAAUUUUGUUUAUGCCAACCCGACCAUUGUCAGGCUUGCGCGUGCGAUUCACGAGCUGCAAGUCAGCGGAGAGUGUCCGGCGACUGCUGCUGAUCCACGCAUGACCAUCGAGGCCAUGAUUGCGAGGCAUUCGCAGGGGUUGAAUCAGCCAAUUGGGUCAGCCCAUGAUUCGGCUCCCAGUCGAGCGGUGGUUCUCCUGACUGGAUCCACAGGCGGACUUGGGUCGCACCUCCUCAGGUUUCUGCUGCAGCAUCCGUCGGUGGAACGAGUCUACGCAUUCAAUCGUCCCGGUCGCAAUGGCUUGUCGAUCUCACACCGGCAGUCGUCUGCCUUCAAGGAGCAUGCUCUGGACACGUCGAUUUUGUCAUCGCCAAAACUCACUUAUCUCGAAGGCGAUUCCAGUCGAGCUGAUUUGGGACUUCCAUCUGCCAUGUAUUCUCAGCUUGUCCAAACGGUCACUGCCAUCAUACACAACGCCUGGACACUCGACUUCAACAAGACCCUCUCGUCGUUUGAGCCGCAUGUGCGCGGGACACGCCACCUUAUCGACUUGGGCCGGAGUUGCUCCUCACCAGCGCGCUUUUUGUUCACGUCCUCCAUUAGCUCAGCGCAGAACUGGGACAAGAAGCGCGGGCCGGUCCCUGAGGAAAUCGUGCUCGACGCGGGGAUUGCGAUCGGAAGCGGGUAUGGCGAGAGCAAGUAUGUUUCUGAGCGGAUCCUCGCUGCCUCAGGCUUGCCCGCAACGUCGUUCCGCAUCGGACAGAUAUGCGGGUCGCUGGGCAAUGGGGCAUGGGCGAGGACGGACUGGCUACCCGCAAUCGUCAAGUCGAGCAUGACGCUCGGCGCAUUUCCGUCUGACCCGCCCGGUCACAUGGUCGUGUCAUGGGUGCCCCCAGAGCCCGUCGCGCAAGCCAUCGUCGACGCGGUGUUUGUCUCCGCACCCGCGCCCGCGGUGAAUCUCGUCCACCCCCAUCCCGUCACGUGGGACGCACUCGUCGGCGCCAUCGCAAACACCGUGGCGCUGCCGUUCAUCCCCAUUAACGACUGGGUUGCGCGGCUGGAACAGCGCGGGGCGGAUGUAGACACAGAUGUGCUGACCCAACUCCCCGCCCUGAAACUGCUCUGGUUCAUCCAGCGCGCGAUGGAGGGCGACGGCGCCUUCAGCCUCUCCUUCGCUACCGCGCGAGCACAGAUUCUCAGUCCCGGGAUCGCCUCUGUGUCGUCGCUGAACGCAUGCGACACGUCGCGAUGGCUGCGGUUCUGGCGCGAAACAGGGUUUAUUUCAUUCUAG